AACGUGUCCUACGGUAAACAUAGGGAGUUUUCCGCGAUCUUUUUUGCGCCCAGUCACGCCCUCAAUUACGAACGGUAUAGUAUUUGUGAGCGCUCGAAAUUAUUUCGCGCCAAGUUUUAAUUACUAAAUAAAACAUCGUUUUAAUUGUUUGUGUUUUAUAAAACUACAAAACAGUUUUGUGAAUCUGGAACAUUUAUUUUUCAAUUUACACUAGAUUGAAUUUUUCGAAAAUCUUCAGGAAAAGUGUAACACCUCCGCAAAGAAAAUUUGUGAAUAAAUAACUUUCGUUCGGAGACUGGUGGAUUCUUCACUAGUGGGUUAGUAAUUCAGUAAACGUGUAUGAUGCAGUGACUUAAAAACUCGAAAAGUUUGCGGAAGUGUCUGUAGCUCAAAUUUCCUGAAAUGCAAGCAAAAAUUACUGCAUCUUUGUUCAAGAAUAUCAUGGCUUCACAAGUCUUGUUGAUAAUUGCUGUGUUUAUGGUUGCUGAUUCUCAUGCAUUGAGACUAACAAAAAUGCAAGUUCCUGCCGUUGCUGAUCUUAGAGAAAAUAUGACUCUUGACUGCUAUUUCGACAUGGGGACUGAAGAUUUAUACGCCGUAAAAUGGUAUAAAGAUGACCAGGAAUUCUUCAGGUAUAUGCCUGCUGGACCUCAGAGAUAUAUCACAUUUCCCGUACCUGGAGUAUAUUCAAAGCCCUCUGAUGCAGAAUGCAGAAUAGGCCGAUGCAAAAUUGUCCUCACCAACUUGUCCAGGAUACAUACAACUGGAUCAUACAGAUGUGAAAUAUCAAGUGAAGCUCCUGCAUUCAGACUAGCAUCAGAAACACAUAAUAUAUCAGUAGCAGCUAUACCGAAGGCGAACCCAAAAAUCGACGGGUUAGUGAAAUCGUACGCAGAAGGUGAUAACUUUUCCGUGAAAUGCACAUCGGAUUAUGCAGAUCCCGAGCCAAUUCUUGCUUGGAAAAUAAAUGGAAACGAUCCUCCAGCCCAUGCCAUAAGCCAUAUUUCCAGUUCAGAGCCGGAUCAAAAUGGAUUAAUAUCUCGUACAAUAUCACUACGUUUAGUAGUGGAUAAGAAAAUGCCACACGGGAACGACGUCGAGGUAUCGUGUGAAUCGGCUCAACCGGGUAUACCUGAAGCAAAGAAGAUUACGUCCUACAAGAUAGCCAUCAGAAAAGAUGGCGAACCGCAAGUUCUAAAGAAUCAAAAAUGGUACAGCAUAUCGUCGUCGUUCAAAAGUAAUCCCAACUUUCACAUAGCCUGGCUUUUCAUUUGUGUGAUCGUCAUCAAGUGGACAAUUUUGGGUAAUAUGUAA